GGAAAUAUCUUUUCGCGCGCCGGAUGAACCCGGGACCAGUCUGGUAACCACCCCUUCAGAGACCUCGACUAUUUCAUUCACGGACUAGCUCGAGUUGGUGGCUGUUCUCUUACAGAGCUGCCAAGUUCCACUAUCUCGAUUUCGCGCCACUCGCCACAAGGUGUGGCCACCCUUUUGUUGACCGUCUCGUCGGAUCUUCAACUCGCUCAGUAGCUUUUAAGCAUAAGCCCUGAAGAGACGUACUCCAACAUUCUUGCGCAUUAUGAAGAGCUUCGUGUUGCUUGCCCUGUUCUGCGCUACUGUGGCCGCAGAUCCCGCCUUCCGGUCACCUAACGACGUCGACGAUGUCAUCGUCGAAGGUUCCAAAGCGUUCUCUCUUCUCCUUCCCGCCAUCGCGUUGCCUUACGCAGUAGCGUUAAUCGCCGUCCUGGUGCCCCUGGCUAAGGCCUUUGUCUUGGGCGCCAUGAACGUGCUUAAUCUUCCCUUCGAAGUGCUGGUGGCCCUUUACCUGCUCCUGUACGUCGCCCUGUUCACGUUCCCGCAGUUGGAGUCUCUGCUCAAGGUGACCUCCGUCUUCACGGCGAGGUCUGAGUCAGCAAGGGCAACGGGAGCGACCAAUGUGCCGACGAACUUUCCCGCGGGAGAGGCCGUGAUGAAGUGGGCCCGAAAUUUCGUACCCGAAUCGUGGAUGGCCUCCAUUAUGUCAGCGACGGCUACAGUCGCGACCAUGUCUGAGGCGACCACGACGGAAAGUGCACCGACUACUAGAGCGACGGCUGAGCCCGCCAUCAGUACGCUGUGGUUUUCAACGACCGAGAAGCCAGAGGUGUCGCCCUUGACCUCGGAAGCUCCUGCGGCUGGCACGUCAACGAAAAGCCCACCCUUAUCCCAGAAGCCGAAUACGUCUUCCGAGUGCUCUUCGUUCCAAGUAUGCGACUCUGUAUCGCGGCUCGUCAAGGAUUACCCCGUGAGCCUCAUGCUGAUGGGCUAUUUAAGUGAUUACCUCAAGGGGCUCAAGUACGAACGCGCUGUACGCGAAGGGAUGGCCGACCUCAACUGCACUUCAAUCUAUCCGCACUGUACGUUAUCAUCGGCACACUCUCAUCCGCCGUUCGCACACGUGUGAUAGACUGCGUAGACUUGCUGUAAAUACUGGUAACGUGUACAGCAACUCAAGACAACCGGUGACGUGCUACGUAUACCGCACAUUUUAGUCAUAAACGCCUAUUUUCACCAGAGAAGUUACAACCACACUUCUCCAUAGAAAUACGCAGCAAUAAAAUAUACGUUUU